GAUGAAAAAAAAGAAAAAAGUUGCGUGUGACUAACCUGAUCUGACUGUAGUCAGCGAGUGACAAAUGUUAAGUGCAGUUUUGACUGCACCACAAAUGAUACAGUUGUCGGUAAAGUUGAUCUUCUGCAUAGAUGAUGGCGAGUCGUAAAAAAUGUUCUGAUUCGUCUCGACACCUAUCAAAAAGUGCGAGGCGUCAUGUCGGGGAGGUCAUGUUUCCAUCAUCUUCAUCUUCCGAAGAAGAGGUAACGACGGGACAUCGAGGUUGUAGAAACACGUCAAAACAGUACUUUUGGAAUCGUGUUGAGACAGAGUCCCAAGCAGGACAAAGCACUUCAAAAACUGAAGAGAACCCUUUUAGUUUUAAACAUUUUUUAAAAAAUGGUUCACAAACAAAUUAUCAAAAUGCUGGAGCACGUCCAAAGGUUUAUACUUCUGCAACAACUUAUAAUUUAGAGAAGGGUUCUGCUGUUUAUCCCCGUAAUCGAACAGAAUUACCAGAUUUUGUACAAGAUCACUUGGUCAUAGAACAAUAUUAUCUGAAUCAUGAACCUAAACAACAAACUAUUUCAGAUGUAGAUAAUCUUCCUGACUUUACAUUAAACAGUAUAGAACAGUGGCAAACUCGACUUAGAAAUGAAUCGAAGAAAAGUGAAUCUAGUGCUUCAUGUGACCUUUCAUUUGACUUAACUGAAAGUUUGGACAAAACAACAACUCAGAGAACUCAAUCUGUACCAAGUAAGAAUGCUUUUGAUCAUUUAAAUUUACCUUAUUGUAUUACAUCUAAUCUGCUUUUAGAUUCAACUGUUUUUGAACCUACUGAAAGUCCAGAACCAUUAGAGUUUCUACUAGAUUUACCAAUAUCUACAGCUGAACCUGAUUCUGAAUCUAAUGUUAGUGUAAGGGACUGUCCUCACUCAGGAACAAGUGAGGCAAAUGUUCCAAAAUCUUUACCAGAUUUUUUAAAUGAUGGUCCUAUUCAUAAUAGGACAACAUUAUCAACAGAGUCUGGUUCUAUCCCAAAUAGUACAGAGUCCACAGAAAGGAGGUUAUUGUUAGAAAAUGAAAGAUUACGGCAGGAAUUAGAUUUAGCUCGAAAACAAAUCAAUGAGAAGUCAGAAAAAAUUGAAUUAUUAAAAUCUGAAUUAUCGUCUAAAAGAGAAGUUGAGCAUGAAGAAGCAAUUCACCUUGAAAAAGCUAUGGAACAAGUUGAAGAUAAUUUAAAACGUAGUACAAGAAGAGCAGUAAAUGCAGAAAGCAUCAUUUCAUCAUUGAAAAAAGAGAUUAUAUCUUUAAAGAUGGAGAUAUCAUUACUCAGAUCAGAAAACAAAGAACUUAGAGCUGGAGUUACAGCAGGAAGUAAAAACGAAUGUGGGUCUUCAGAUAUAGAUCAGACAGUAAAAAGGGUAGCUAGUGAUUUAAGACAUGCUGCUUCAUCAGCAGAAGUAUCAUUGAGACAAUUAAUGUUUGGUGUGAGCAGUUUAAGAGUACUAGCUUCAGCACUCGAAAAUAUGGAUAGGAUAGAAGACCGGACCAAAAAUUUUCUACCAGAUUAUGAUGAAGACAAUGCUGCUGGUCCUGCACUUUAAUACAUUCUUGUGUAGCUCUUUUUCUGCAUACUAUCUUUGUUUUACUUUUAUGACAUGUAUCCCAGCCUGUGCUAAUAAGUUCCUCGAACUCACGCAUUUGCGUUGAGUACCUGUUUUGGAGUCGAUUAGUGAUUUGAUUCAAUUAAAAAACAUGAUAUGCGUAUCAUGUUUGUUAUAACUUUGUGUUAAUAAUAUAUCUUGAAUUUUUACUUACAUAACAGUUCUAGAUAUAGAACAGUUAUAUAUUAUCCCUGCUUGGCAAAUCAUGCCCUUCUAAAUGUAAUUUUAAUUCUUAGCAACAAACAUGAAUGAAAUAAUAGCUUAAACGUGAUCUAUCACGAUGCGGCUCCGAGCAAAAAAAAACUAAAGAUUUUAACUUUUAUAUGUACGUUUUAACGUAAAGCCAUAACGCAAAGCACUGGUUGGGAUUCGGUACAUAAUUCCAACACAGUUGUUAAAAAAGAAAAAACGAUAUUUUAAUAGUUAUUGUAACAUGUUACGUGUACAGUUUCAAAUUACAUGUUCCAUUUCUUUGUAAAUGUUUAAACUAUCAGUUAAACAAUUACACUUGAAGUCGACAAGAUUCUUCAUGUAUUUUUCUAUUUAAGGGGGUAUAUGAUUCUUGAGUCUUGGAAAGACGAAUCUCCUUUCAAGUAAGUAUGACUAGUUUGAGUACUCAAC